GGAGGAGUUGUGUGUGCUUACUGAUGCUCCAAGCUGCCUUUAUAAGCAGCCUGAAGGGGUGAGGGACUUUCUUCCAUCAUCCCAGUGCAGCUGGUACCCUGUGGUCCUCAGACAUCUCACAGACAGACUCCCAGCAGACCCCCAGCCACCAUGAGUCACUCAGGUAUGAGAAGCUCCUCCACCUCCUACCGCAGGACAUUUGGGGCUCCAGUCCUUUCCCCACUGUCCUAUUCCUCCUCUUCCAGGCUCUCAACUUCCAGACAUUUGGGCAGCCCCUCCCCGGGUCCCUCCAGCCGAUCCUCAGCCUACAGGGUGAGGUCCAGCACCCCAAUCCGUGUGUCUGUGGACCGGGUGGACUUCUCUGUGGCUGACGCCAUCAACCAGGAGUUCCUGACUACCCGCAGCAAUGAGAAAGCCGAGAUGCAGGAGCUCAAUGAUCGCUUCGCCAGCUUCAUAGAGAAGGUUCGCUACCUGGAGCAGCAGAACGCCGUGCUGGUCACCGAGAUCAACCAGGCCAGGUCCAAGGAGCCCACCCGGGCCGCUGAUCUGUGCCAGCAGGAGCUUAGGGAUCUGAGGAGACAGCUGGACCUCCUGGCCAAGGAUAGAGACAACAUCCAGGUGGAGAGGGACAACUUGGCCGAGGACCUGUCUUUCCUGAAACAAAGGCUGGAUGAAGAAAUUCAUAAACGAGAAGAUGCCGAGAAUAAUCUUGUCCUGUUCCGCAAGGAUGUGGAUGACGCCACACUGUCACGUCUAGAACUGGAGCGGAAGAUCGAGUCUUUGAUGGAUGAAAUUGAAUUUCUGAAGAAGCUUCAUGAUGAAGAACUUCAAGAUGUCCAAGUGACCGCACAGACUCAGUCCAUUCAUUUGGAGAUCGAGGCAACCAAGCAGCCAGACCUGACAUCUGCACUGAGAGACAUCCGCAGCCAGUAUGAGAACAUUGCAACAAAGAACCUUCAGGAGUCCGAGGAAUGGUAUAAAUCCAAGUUUGCUGACCUGUCAGAUGCUGCAAGUCGGAAUAAUGAGGCACUGCGUCAAGCCAAACAGGAGAUGAAUGAAUCUCGCCGCCAGAUCCAGAGUAUGACCUGUGAAAUCGAUGGACUGAAGGGAACAAAUGAUGCUCUGCUGCGUCAGUUGAAAAAUAUGGAGGAGCAGUUUGGAGUUGAGGCAGCUAACUACCAGGACACGAUUGGCCGCCUUGAACAGGAAGUACAGCAUAUGAAAGAAGAAAUGGCACGCCAUCUAAGGGAGUACCAAGACCUGCUUAAUGUGAAGAUGGCAUUAGAUAUUGAGAUUGCAACAUACAGGAAACUCUUGGAGGGAGAGGAGAGCAGGAUUUCUGUCCCAAUCCACACAAUGUCAAGUCUUAGUAUUAAAAGCCCAGGUUAUCAAUCUAUACCGGAACAUGAUCAGAGUUCAGAGGUUCAUACCAGAAAAACUGUUGUAAUAAAAACAAUUGAGACUCGAGAUGGGGAGCAGGUUGUCACAGAAUCCAGGAAGGAGAAGUCAUCUGAAGGAGAGAAGUGAUGAUGUACUUGGUGACACACAAUGCAUUUGUUAUAAUAAUCCAUUCAUGAAGACAUGGAGCAGCCGGGGCUAUCCUAAUUGAGUGAUUCUGAGGUUUAUCUCUUCAACAGAGUAUUUUCAAUGUUAUUUCACUUGUUUGUUCACUUAUUUACAGUAACCUCAACUCAUACAUUUACAAGUGGUUAUUGGUACUUUAUUUUGUAUUAUUGUAAUAAUUUCUUAAUGCAUAUUUUUACAGUGCAUAUUUAAAAAAAGCUUUGGUUUUACAUAAGCAUUCUUAACAUUAUUCUUCCACUGUACCAACAGAUAAGCUCUCUAGAAACAUUUAAAGAUGCCAUUUCUAAUGUCCAGGCAUACACAUUGCUGAGUUAGGGUCAGGUUUGUACAAGCUAAACCAAUAGGUAACCAAGUUAUCAUUAGAUUGAUAAAUUGGGUCAGCUAAACAUUCCCUGUCAUGGUGAAGAGAGAUGAAGUGUACAAAAACAAAAAAAUAUAUAUCAUAUCAACAACAACAAAUGAACAUCUCACAGUUGGGUAAAAUAUCAUCUAUCUUUUCGUGCACUUUAUAUUGUUACACCAUUAUCCUUAAUGUAUAGAGAUUUUGAGAAAAAACCUGGCUUCAUAUAUCUAUAUUUAUCACCGUUUGUAAAUGUUUAUUCAAAUAAUAUGUUGUAGAUGCUAUGAAGAGACCACAAUUUCUCUCAAUUGCAGUAAUACUUAUCUCGGAUGGCCUUCUCUGCUCCACUAGUUAAAACAGAUGAAAUUCAAGCUUGCAGGUUGAUUUUGGGCUCUGGCCUUUGCCAAUGAAAGGGAUAGCUUCAAACACAAUACAGCUAAGAAAUGACCUUGGUGCUAUAUGUUCCCUGCCGAUGUGUAUGGGCUGGGAUUCUGCCUUUACGUUUUGUAGCAAUGUGUGUGUGCCAUGUCUGCUUAACCAGCCAAUAAACUAUUUGCAGCAAUUCAAUAAGA